CCCCGCGGGUUCGUUCCUCCGCGCUUGGGGCUUCCCGCGCGGGGCCGGCGGUCGUUGCUGCCGCUGGCGGGUCCCUCUCGCCGCGUCUGGUUCUGCCUCCGAGCCGCUUCCCUGCGGUGUGCGGGUGGGGGCAGCUUUUAAUUGCGAGGCUCCGGCUGGCGUCACGGGGCGACUCGCCUGCGGCUGCUCCGAGCAGUACCGGCUGCCGGCCGGGGCAGGCGCGCAGCGGCGAGGAGGAGCAUUCGCCGGUGUUCCUCGUCGAGUUGUUUCGCCGGGUAGUAGUGUGUUAUUUUAACGGCCCGGUUAAAUAAUUUGCUGUUAUCGAAUGCAGCCAGCAAACGAGUCGUGCCCGGGGAGGAUUCCGGUUCUCUGCGCUCGCAAGAAAGAGGAGCCGAAGCGCUGAAAGCAGAGACCGAGGCAGAAGGAAAGAAACCAGGGACGUCAGAAAUCCUUAGAAAAACAACGGGAGCAUCGUGGCGUGACCAGAGGUCGGACACGGGCUUCGGUCCAGCUCGGUCGCUCCAGGAUUUCGCACUUUGGCUCCGCCAGCCCUUUUUUCUGGGAAUCCCAGAUUCCUGGGGGAACGAACGUGUGUGCGGUAGACACGUCACGACAUCAAACCGCUGCCUGUGCCGCCGGUGCUGGCUGCCCCUGACCGUCAUCAACUGCGCCGACGGGAGCCUGAGUGACUGCCACCCCCUUGGCCAACUACAGCAAAACCCACGACGACUCCGAGACUGCAGGAACGCGGCGGGGACAAAGGCGAGCCGCAACGAGGACGGACACGUCACGACAGGUACGAUGCGUAACACUGAAAUGCCGCGCCAGGUCAUGCACCUGGCAGCAGAAAGAAUUUCAUUCUGUGCGAGACGUGCGGCCGUCCUUCACGUCUUUACAACUCUCUUCACGGUGCCGUUGCCUCUGCCACGGGAUUCCCGGGUGGAAAAUGAGCAAGUUCUGUAUGUUACGGUGCGCCCUCGCCUUCCGCACCCGCGCGCAAGAAUAGCUGCCCGCCGGUCAGGCGACACCAGAAAGCGCAAAGCCCCCUGAAUGGAAUUGCGAUCCCACAAACCAGUUACGCUUCACAGCCCGAGCCUCCUCUACGCCGGGUGUCUGCUUCGCCUCCACGCACCCUUCCAUGGCCAGACCCGCAGCCAUCUCCCCACAGCCCGUCACUGUGUUACGUAGGGCAGAACAGCCAGGGGGAAGAAAAAAAAUAGCGGGGGGAACGAAAAACCUCCCCGGAGGCGGAGGCAUGGCAGCAUGCUUCCCACUCUGGCUUGGGUUUGCAGCACGCCAAGCACCAGCCCGAGGAAGGACAGCCGCCAAAGGUGACGCCACCCGCCCCUUUGCUGCAGCUCUGUACAUCGCACUGACAACCCGACCAGGGGACAGAGGGCUCCCAGCCCCGCAUGGACCCAGGCACCCGUGGCCCCGAGGCAGGAGCGAGCCAGGGAGACGCCAGGGCAGCAGGCGACAGGCGGGAGGAGAGCCUGGAGAGGGGGCGCGCGUCCCCGAGGCGGGAGACCGAGCGGGAGCGUGGCGGCGGCGCCGGGGCGGCACAGUCGAGCCCCAACACCUGCGAGGCGUGUGGGAAGAGCUUCAGCCUGCGCUCCAACCUGCUGACGCACCGCCGCAGCCACCUGGGCGAGCGGCCCUACGCCUGCCCUGAGUGCGGGCGCUGCUUUGGGCAGAGCUCCCACCUCCUCACACACCAGCGGCUGCACACGGGCGAGCGGCCCUACCGCUGCCCCGACUGCGGCGAGAGCUUCCGGGACUGCUCCUCACUCACCAUCCACCGGCGCGCCCACACCGGCGAGCGGCCCUACCCCUGCCCGGUGUGUGGCAAGGCCUUCGCUGACAGCUCGCUGCUGGCCAAGCACCAGCGCACGCACCGCACCGAGAAGUCCUUUGCCUGCUCCGACUGUGGCAAGAGCUUCUCCACCGGCUCCUACCUGCUGCGGCACCGGCGCACCCACCUGCCCGAGAAGCCCUACCGCUGCGGGGAGUGUGGCCGGGGCUACAGCCAGUUCGCCCACCUCACCACCCACCAGCGAGUGCACACCGGCGAGCGGCCCUACGUCUGCCCCGAGUGCCGCAAAAGCUUCACCACUAGCUCGGCGCUCACCAAGCACAAGCGCGUGCACACCGGCGAGCGGCCCUACGUCUGCCCUGACUGUGGCAAGAGCUUCACCCAGAGCUCCAACGUCAUCACCCACUGGCGCCUGCAGCACGGCAAGUCCCUCUGACGGCCCCGGCCGUGCCGCCCCGUUGCCGGGCCCCCCUGCCCGAGGUUUCUCUGUGUGGCGCUCAGCAAUAAAAGUCUGCCAUCCCACAGCAGAGGCCACCGGAACAGUAGGGGGGCAGAUCUGGGGCAAAGCAUCACCCAAGACACGCCCUCUGGUACUUGGGGUCCCCGGGAGCCUUGCCAAACCCCAGUUUCACUCCCGUGCCUCCCCCGCUGAGCAGCGGCCAACCUGCACGGCUCUUGGCCCGGAAGCUGCCGUGCGUGAGCAGCUACUGUCGUUUGACAGGUGGGGAAGCUCGGGUGGGGGAAACCAGAGGAAUUUCGUGGGUUUCACUCAAACAGGCAGAUGCAGAGGCUGGGGCACAAUGCCCGUCUCUGAAU